UUUAAUCCCACCGUCUUUUUCCCUCGUACGCGCGGCUUCUCGUGCUCUUCCGCUCUUCCACACAAAUGCCAGCCCGAGUCCAUUCGCCUUGGAAGACGGGGUUGCCACGGUUGCUUCUGUUUUUAAUAACUUUUCCACAUCAAAAUCACUGGAAUGUGAAAUUUAAAUCAAUUGUUUGAAGUGAAGCAGAGAGUGAAGGCGCUGGUGGUGGUUGCAGAAGGGUUUGGAUUGAGCGAGUGAGUUGUUGUUGUUGCUGCUUCUUCUUUUCUGCGCCAGGGGUUUCACGUUGGGCUCACGUUGCUGUUCAUCCUCCCCCUCGUUUUCUCUCCUUUGGCCGUUCUUUACGGACGAGCCCAACUGUAGUGGAACAGCGCACCCUAACCAGCCUGUCUGUCCCUUCGCCACCAUUGCAUUUCGUGCCAUCUCUGCGUUGGCUGUGUGCCAUCCACACGGCACACGGCUAUUACUGUGCGAACCCUGACCGAGGCAACAAGCACGCGCGGCUUUGCUGCUUGAUUGGACAGUGCAUUUUCAAAAGUGCAGCUAUCCCGUGAACUGUCCCCAUCGCCAGUGCUCAAUAUCGCUUCCCCGCUAAACGGUCGAUCAGUUACUUCAUUCGUUCGUUCCGCGUUCGUUCCAAAAUUCUCAAAUCAGCGCAACGAAAGUAAUCGUGCCGCGGGCGAGCGCGCGCGCGCACUCCCUCGUCUUCCCAUGCUCAAUUAUGAUUGUCUGGAGCCCAGCGAAUCAGUGAAACGCGAGUGAUUAAUAGCUCCGGCGUUGUCGUUCGCACGAAAAUUUAUUCCAAAUUAGCACACCCGCGUAAUUGGAUGUGGUGGAAUUCCAGCCAUGGUGGGCCUUCUUUUUUUGUUGGUGCUGUACGCGACGAUUAAGUGUAAUCGCGAGUGAUGUUAUCGUGAUUCCCGAGAGCUGGAGUAAUUUCCGAUCGAGCAUUAAGGAGAAACAAAGUAGCGCAAAACAAGAAAGAAGAUGCGCGUCAAAACGCUGAGACAGAUUAAAAACCAGCGGGGACAUCGUAACCACCAUAGCAGCAACAGUCACCAUAAUCAUAGCCAUGCGGCAACCAAUGCGGCGAUUGAUGCGCACCACUUUUCCCCCGGAAGACUGAACGCGCUAGUGAAUUGCAUGAAUCCACCGUACAGAAUGCCACCACAACCGCUCGGUGGGUACGGUAUGCAGCAUGACCAUCACUCCAGCAUACCGGGCACGGCAUCGACGGAGGCACACGUACUGAACACACCGCUCCGCACCCAUUCCUCCAAGUUUCCGAUUGAACGGGAACUGAUACUGUCGUCGAACAAAAAUUCUUCAAAAAUUCCACUCAUGCAAGACAACAGAAACACAAGCCUACCGGCUUUGUUGAAUCGAUCCUCAACGUCCGCUAUCGGGCCGGAUCUGCCAGUGAAACAGACGCAAGCAUGGAAUCAACCCCAGAUGGAUGUUAUACAUUCGGCCGUUGCUGGUUCGAUGCCACGCACGAUCGUGCGCUUCCCGGAAGACGUGACGGCGCUUGCCGAUCGAGGCGAUGGUAGCUUCCAGAGAGAUAAAGACGCCACGACGGUAAAGAAAUCCGUCACCAAGACGUACCACACUCUGAAGGACCUCAUCUCGUCCAAGUUCAAAAAGGAUGCCAACGAACAGAGCGAUGAACUGAACAAUGUGACCUCAAUACUGCAUGGGCACCAGUCGAACUUGGAUCAGGGUCAAUCAGGCAGUCAGCAGCAACAGCAGCAGCAGCAACACAGUGGCAACAAUCAGAGCGGAUCGUACAUGUACAGCUCGGCCUCCGACAACAACUUGCUGCAGGCACAGUCCAACCUAAACGUGUGGCCGUCCGGCAGCCAAACCAAUUCCCCACUGUACUAUCACAAGAAGUUCUCCGAUCCGGCGGAAAGCUUCGGUGGAUCGAAAGCUCUCUCCCAGCCGCAGCUAAACAUGGCCGGCGAACAGGGCAGUCGUAACACGCAGCACGUGGUCAGUAUGCUGCCGGCACCGGUGGAUGGUACGGAUAGUGACGAUGGUGGCUUUCGGCAGCACAGUGUCAGUCGCCAGACGAAUCAACCCCUGCCGAACGGAUCUGGACAGAGUCAGGGAGCGGCGAUGCACGCUAACCGGUCCACACCACAGCAACCCGCCUACAUCCAAAACUAUCGUCACAAUCAUGGCCAGCAGCAACAGCAGCAGCAGCCACACAAUCAGCAACAGCAACAUCUACAGCAGCAACAUCACAUGUCGUAUCAGCAGGCUGUACAUAACGCCAAACAGCGAGCUGCCAUGGAGGGUGGCUCGGGUUCGAACAUACAAUCAUCAUCCUACAACACAACGGUGACAGUGGGAGAUCAAAGUGGAGGCCAUCAUCAUCAUCUGCAUCAUCAUCAUCAUCACAAUCAGGGAGAGAGUGGAAUGCAGAAGCACACAAUCUCGGUCGACAUAAACAGUGGCUCGUCGGUCAACAUAUCUACCGGAGAGUCGCACGAUGCCGGAGCGUACGAUAAAAAUGGCAAUCACUCGUCGAACGUUGAUUCUGGUCGCGGUAGCUCCUCCAUGGCUACUGCCAGUGCUGACGCGGUGAUGGAGAAAAACAAAGUCAAGUCCGACGGUGAAUGGGUCGAUGUAGUUGAUGUGGAACUUCGAAACAUUCUCGAGCCGGGGAUGAAAUCGUUGAACCUUCGACCCGAGAGCACCAUGUCCGAAAGUGCCUCAUCAAUGUCCCCACCGCUGCCGCCACUAUCGCCGCACGAAACGUACAACCACAGCGUUGGGCAGACCAGUGGCAACACCCAGACGAAACCAAACAAUGCAUCCAAGCUACAGAAGCAAGAGUACGGCACAGAUACGUACAACCGGGCAAGCAAAAAUCCGCAACCGAUCGGUCCCUCGAAGGGACAACCGUCUCCCAACACGAUACAGAACUACAUGAACCAUCUGAAGCUGUCUAGCAACAAAAAGCACGAGCAGAACGCCCUUAAAAAGCACUUGUUCGGUUUAGAUACGGAUGUUGCCUCGGUCACCAACACGACACGGUCGCUCGAUCUCGAAUCACUGCUCGGUGGUCCGUGGGACGGUGCCCAGUCCGUGUCCGAGUCGGAGACGGACGGUGGCGGGCUGCAGCAAAUCCGUAACCAGCUCGAGGGCCUGGAGACGAUGUACAGCGAGGUGCUGAAGAUGCUCGGCAAUCGUAUGGCCACGAACGAGUCAACGCUGCGUGCGAAUCGACGCCGACGGCACGGCAGCAUGUCGUCGCUACCGUCCAGCUCGAUCAGCGGCCGCCCGAUCCGGGACCGGCGAAGACUGGACGAGCGUCGCAAGGUGCGUGACAUCAAGGGUAUUAACAAGCGCUUCCAGCGGUUGGAAUCGCACGUCGUCACGCUUGCUCGCAGCGUGGCCCAUCUGUCGUCCGAGAUGCGCUCGCAGCACCUGGUGUCACAGGAACUGGAGGAGUUGCGCAAUGAUCUCGCACUGCUACGCUCCCAAUCGAUGCACAACCUACCGAUGAACAGUAGCGGGAAUGCGGCGAACGCUUCCUCCCGGGAACCGAUCAAUCUGACCAACCCGAAGCGGGUCAAGAAGUUGACCAAGUUCUUUGGCGAAGAUCCACCGCUGAUGAAGCUGUUUCUUAAAAAGCUCGGCUACGAGAAAUAUGCUCCCAUAUUCGAAAGUGAACGCGUCGGUAUGAUCGAGCUGCCGUAUCUGGGCGAGGAACGGCUGCAGAAGAUGGGCAUCCCGCUCGGGCCCAGACUGAGGAUACUGCAGGAGGCGCAAAUAUCGCUGUGUCGCGAUACGACGCUCUGCAUCGUUUGAGCCGCGCGGAUCGUACGUGGUUAGGCUGAGCCAAAGAACUAAAACCGGAAACGCAAAUAUAUACACACACACAGAAGUAUUUUAGACAUCGCGUGAAAGUCUGCUCGGUGCAAAAGAUUAAGGUAAUGGGGAGGAGAGGGAGGUGCUAGUUCAACUCAAGUCUCUCUGGCGUAUUAGUGGUCGUCUGCUUAUCGCGCCCGCUGUCCAGUGACUAGAAAAUUACGGAAUUAAAUCUCAUUAUUCUAUAUAAGCAACAC